AUGAUGGAUGUGAAAUACAAAAUUGAAAUAAAGGGGAUAGAUGAGGACGAAAAUAUAAUAUCGACGGAAAAAAUACGAGGGGAAUCACCUUCUGUUGUAGAUAUUGAAGCUGAAGAACAAGAAGAAAAAUCUCAGAAAUCAGAAAAAUCUCAGGAUUCAAAAUCUCAGAAAUCAGAAAAAUCUGAAGGCUCAAAAUCCCAAAAAUCAGAAAAAUCCCAAAAAUCAAAUAAAUUAUCAUCUCAUGCUAGUAAACCACCUGAUAUUGAGCUUAACAAUUCUCAAGACCUGGGCGAGGCAGCUCAAGGCCCAGAAAACCCUGAACAACCUUCUAACCUUGAAGAAAACUCAAAACAAGAUGAGCCAAAGCCCCAGAGAAAAAUCUAUAACGCCUGCAACCUAAACAACUCCAAUAUCUAUGAAGAAGAUAAAUCCAGGCUGGAAGAAGCUAUUAAGGCUAUAGAAAGCACAAAAGACACCGUUAUGGAGGUUCUAAAUCUAUUCAGAGAAGAAGAUAGCAAACUUUAUAAUAAACUAAUCAGCAAAGGUGUUAAAGGCAAACACUUAAAGUUUUUGCUGUCAGAACUAUAUCUGAGGGUAAAUAGUUUCCCUGAAAGUGCAUUGAUUUUUUUAUUGAAUUCAUAUGACGAAGCUGGCUUGGCGAGACUGUUUUUGUCAUUUUACUUACUAUGAUUAUUAUAAUGUUUCUCUAGCUAAAAGAUUUUGAAUUCUUAAACAAUAAAUUUAAUUUAUUUUUUAAAAAAAAAUUAUAUAAUUUUUAUAAAAUAAUAAAAAAAUCAACCCUUGGUUUUGCAAAAUUUUUUGCUCGCUCACAGAGUUAGAAUUUGAUGCAAGUAAUGAUCGAAAAAUGCAGGAGGACGAGCUGGAGCAGUGCAUUGAGUUUUUAGGGCUGAAGGAUUAUAUAGGAAAAGAAAAAAUGAUAGCUGCUUUGAAGAUUAUUGGUAUAGACGCAUCGAAUAAACUUAGUUUUUUACAAGAAGGAUCUGCUGCACAAAAAAUCUUAAACGACGAAACUCGUAGCCAUCUAUUUCAGAUUUUAAAAGUCAAAAAAGAAAAACCUGCUGAAGAUGCCCCACAAAGUAUUAUGAACAUUGGUAAAGCUCUGUUGUUUCUUGGAAACAAUACUUCUGACGAUUAUGUUGAUUUUCCCAAAUUCUUGCCUUAUCUUAUAGCUUGUUUCUUAGAAGUGGAAAUCAAGUCAUUUUUCAAAAAACAGAACAUGUUCCGUAUCCAUCUAGGAUUUCCUUAUAAAGUCCUUGACAAUGGAAAAGUCAAAUUUGACCCGAAUGGGCAAGUAGGUGGCUUAUAUCGUACAUUUAUUAGUUACCUAAGAGGAGAAGCAGAUAUAAACAAAGAAGUCCUUACUUACAGAAUUGUCUCUAAAGCCCUUAUUGCUUAUAGAUCAGAAGGAUACUGUGAGUCGAUUACCCUCGAAGGGCUCGAAAGAAUUCUAAAAAAAGUUAGAAACAUGAUGGAUGUUGAUUUAAUUUCAGGACUUGAAAAGAAAAAAUUUACCAUGAAGCAAAUUCUUCCUUUUCUCGCUGCACAGUUUGCCACUGAAAGCACAUGAAAUACAGUACAAGUCAAAAACACCAUUGAAAAAUAUGACCAUUUAGUUCAUUGGGAAGGUGGUGGGAAUAUCUGCAAAAUAAAAAAAUCAAAAAUCCAUAAGCUUCUAGCAAAAGAAAUAAGCCCUGAUUCAAAAGUCCCAAUUGAUGUUUUGACUCUAGCGCUAAACAAAGUGCUUAAAAAAUUAAUUCCAACCCUUAAUUCUUCGGCUUCUUAUCAUAUAGUAAAACAGCUUUCAAAAAUUGAUGGAAUCUAUGACAAACCAUCCAAACUUUUCUCAAUGAAAAAUAUUUUUGAAGAUGAAGACAUAUAUGCCAGACUUCAUGACUAUACAAUGAACACCAAAUUAGACGUGUUUUUAGUAAACGUGCAGCACAAAGAUGAGCUAAAUUUAUAUAAAUUAUCAAGAAAUUUAGACAAAGCUGAAGAAAAAUUCCAGCUAAUUUGCGAUGGAAAAUAUAGGUUUGGAGCGGAAUUAAUAAAUGCUAUUCUGGAUAAAGGCUUAAAUAAAGUAGAAGAAGACAGUGAAAAACAGAAGGACGUACAGAGGAGAUUUAUGGUAGAAAAAGCAUUGAGAUUUUUAUUUGACAGGCCUGACGAUUACAAAUCCCAAAAAACUGAAGAAAAAGAGGUGACAAAAGAUUUGGAGAAAAAUAAAAAAAUAAGCAAAAUUCAUGAAGAAGAUUCGUCAAAAAAUAAAGCAAAAGAGCUGCAAAAUGCCAAUGAAAGACAAAUGAAGCUGCAAGCGCAGUCUAAUAAAAUUGAUAGACUUAUCAGUGAGGUCGAAAACAUAAAGCUGGCUAGAGCUUUAAAUACAAGAGAAAGCAGCGCAUUUCCGAAUUCUAAAGAAGUCAACCCUUUAGUCCUGCUAAAUAUGAUUGAUGGUGCCAACUCUGACAGUAAAGAUCUAAAAAAGCUUAAAGAAUAUUUAAAAGAAAACGAAGACCAACUCACUUAUCAAGACGUAGCCAAAUUUUUGACUAUUGAAAGACUGAAAAAGACUAAAUCAAAAAAUGCCCAAAAACAUAAUCUUAUUAUAAAUUCACAAAGCCGCUACCUUAUAAACCAAAAUAAUAUUGACGAAUAUUACGACAAUUAUGAAGACUUAUCAGAAACAGAAGAAAUUACCUCAGAAAUCACUACAAAAGAAGAAUCAAAAACUGAAGAAGACGAAGAAUCAGACUCUAAAGAUGAGUCAGUCGUAGAAGAAAAAAAAGAAAAAAAAGUCCGAAAUAUUCGUGAUAAUGAUUUUAAAAUCAAAUAUGUAAUGGGAAGUCUAUAUGACGAAGAAAAAGUGAAAAAUAUGAAACUUAAACCUUCUCCAAAAGAUGCAGAAUUUAAACUGAAACCUACCCCAUUAUUUGAAAAAUUAAGAGAACAGAACAGAAGUGUGUUCUCUUCUGACCCUGGCCAGCCCAAAAAAGAAAGCAAAAUUGAAAAAUCCCGAGGCUGCGAGUGCAUAUUAUUUUAA